AUGUUAAGGUAUUAACUCCUUUCCCAGCCCAGAACCGAAGAAUUUGUGCAGUUGAAGCGAAAUCCGAGUUGCCGACCUUGUUACCCCUCCUUUAAGGCUUGGCAUUGGUCAAGCUUCCACCUUCGAAAGCCACAGUCCGAUCCAGCCAUGCCAGAGCAAUAAGCGCCUCUUGUCCCUUGACUCUCACAAUAAUGUUUUCAGAUCCUACCCUCUGGGUGUGCCUUUUCCCCUUGCCACACUCAGACGCCGACAUAACGAAUUACAGGCAAGUUGUGUUGCACCCAUUUGCCACGGAUGACCACCUGUACCACGCUGCACCUCUCCACCCGUCGUUCGAUCCCAAGACUCCUACUAAUGUCUUCCUACCUUUUCAACUGACAAAUCCGUCAGAAAUCAGUAUCAAUAUUACACUCGAAGAGACUUUCCUAGCUCUGACUUUCGAAUGGCAUCCUUUGUGCCACACCAGACUUGGGCCAUACCCUCCGUGCGUUGGCUCCUGGUCUCCAACGACCAUGGCCCAUGAGGGUGACUGGGCAACCUCCUGAUCCUAUCUCCUCAUUGACCAAGCCCUUGGCUUUGCGGCAUGAUCUAAACAUCUCUGUUCGAUUUUGAGUACCUCUACGCUGAACGUUCCAAGGCAGACCUGCUCUGUGCUCACGAAAUAUACUCUCAUGGUCUAUCCUACAAAAUUCAAAUCCUCAAUAGAGGAUCCAUAGGCAGCAAAAGAUAGAUACACUUUGACCGGAUCCACGGGAGACGGCAUGGAAGCUCCAUGGAAGGACCACAGUCCAGCCCUCCAGCCCUCCAACCUCGCCCAUCUGUUGGUCCACUUGGCAUGGCAUUGAUCCACAGAUUUUCCCAGGGGUUCGGCAUACGUCACUUGACCCGAAUCACUGGUCUACUGCGCGAUCUUCUCCGUCUUCUCUUGUCAACCCGAUCGUCUUUUUUCUGUGCUUAGUCUCGCGCCACCAGCAAGAUUCACGGCCCUGGUCUGACAGAGAUCGCACUAUCGUUUUGUCGAUCUCCAAGUCUGUCCUAUUUCCUUCAACACGUGGAUGACACACUGAUCUCGCUUAACUAUCAUUGUUGCCCUUCGUCAUGACAUCAAAUCGCUUCCGCUUCGAUGCGAUACGGCCUCAGUGAGAAUGGUCGAUGAGCACAGGCUACCAUUCUCCUCUAAUGAUGGAGACAGUUGAAGAACCCACAGAUCCCCGUCUCACCUCAAAAGCUCCAAACCGAGGCUAUGGCAUCACUGAUCGCGCCGCUCCGGACGGUCGCCGAGAGUCGAUCAUUCACGUAAACGUCAAAGGCGUAACGCAUGAAGCCAUAUUCAAUCCAUCAACUAGACAGUGGGAUCUGAUAGAUACCCAAGCAAAUCAACGCCAAACAUCGCUCCAAUCUCAAGUUUCACUGCCGAAGCCCGCCUCACAUAACCGCGAUCCCGCAUCACCAUGGGCUUCCUUUCUUCCUCGAGAAGAAAACAGAAGUUGGCUACUGAACUGCGUUGAUUGGUCUCGAACAGAACUUGGCCCCUUGGAAACAUGGCCAGUUUCUCUCCGUACCGCUGUAGGCCUCGUUAUGGCUGAUACCAACGCUGCAGUCGUCUAUUGGGGACCAUCUCUGUGCGCAUGCUUCAACAAACGCGCCUUCGAGGAUGUAGGCUCGAAGAUCCGGGACCCGUCCCAGAUGCAGGGCGUUCCAUUUACAGAAUGUUGGAAGGAUGUGUGGCCGGAUGUCAGUACUCUGCAUCAAGCCAUGUUGACCUCCAUAGAAGGGUUUGAGAAUAUGCAGAUGACUGUUUAUCCUCAGCGCCAGAAUGGACGAUAUGAGGAGACCUUCUGGACCGGAAGUAUGUUGCCCAUUGUGGAUGAAAGUGGAAAAAUCUCCGGUUUUUACAACAGGGCCAUUGAAGUCACCAAUGAAAGAGUUAGGGAAAGAAGAUCCAACACACUGUAUGAAAUUGCCGCCGCACCAGACGACAAAACAACAUCCAUUUGGGACCAUGUCUUUCGUGCUUUCCGGCACAAUGAGCAGGAUUUCCCCAUGGCAUUUGCCUACUCGGCAGAGGACAGUCCAGCAGAGUGUAAAUUGACAUUACAACAGUCUUUUGGCCUACCAGCCGAUGGUCACCCACUGGUUCCGGAGCAUCUGGACAUUCAUGACCCAUCUGCAGGGUUAGCCGUCUUUUACCGCAAGGUGCGCACAUCUAAUAAGCCCCUGGUGUUGAGGAUUGGAGACGAUACUCUCCCCAAGGAAAUGCUCGAUGGCUUUCAGUGGCAGGGAUAUGGAGAAGCUCCUGAGGGCAUUGUCCUAAUGCCAAUUUCUGUGAGCAGCAAACUGUUGGGAAUCGUUGUCUUUGGGUUGAACCCACGAAGAGCCUACUCGGACGAUGAUGCAAAAUUUAUCAACACCCUUUGCAGACAAGCAUCAGCGACAAUCGCCUUCGUCAUUGAUCGAGAGGAAUCCCACCAACGCGCCGAAAGACUGACGCGUCAGCUAGCUCGCAAUGAGAGAAUCAUUAGAGAAAUGGCCGAGCAUGGUCCCGUGGGAAUGGUGCGAGUCAGUAUGACAGGCAAUAUUGUCUGGGCAAACCGUCAGUACUAUGAGAUCACUGGCCAUCCUCACGACGAUCAUUAUGAAUUUUCUUUUCUUGACCCUGUACAUCCUGAUGACAAAGACAACGUGACGGAGCUAUGGAAUAGAAUGGGUAACAAUCUCGAGCCUAUUGAUGUCCAGGUCCGUCUGCGGCACACUUGGCGACCACCUCCCACUGCCGGAAACCCCAAACCUGAUGAAGAGCCACGUUGGAUUAUUGGAAAGGCAGGCCCUCUGAUCGAAGAUGGGGAAGUCAUGGGGGUAGCUGCCACCGUCAUCGACAUAAGCAGUGUCAAGUGGGCAGAGGAAGUUCAGAGCCGCUUGGCUACUCAGGCUACUGAAGCUCGAAAGUUACAGGAAGCAUUCAUCGAUAUCGUUUCGCACGAGAUGCGUAACCCUCUUUCUGCUAUCACUCAAUUGGCAGACGGUAUUGCCGGGACUCUGGGUGAAUGGGCAGUUGCCGACCGUUCACCCGACACUGCCACGAGACUACUUCAGGAGAACACCAAAAGUGGUAAAACUAUCUUGAUAUGUGCCGCUCAUCAGAAGAGAGUCAUCGAUGAUGUUCUUACUUUGUCCAAACUUGACUCUCAAUUACUUUCAAUUUCUCCAAUAGCGGAUCGACCACAAGGGGUUGUCGAGGCUGCACUGAAGAUGUUCCAGGUCGAAUUCGAAUCCCAUUCAAUCGCUCUCGAAAACAUCGUGGACGAAAGUUAUCUACGAUGUGGCGUAGAUUGGGCCAUGUUGGACCCUGCUCGCCUGACCCAGGUUUUCAUCAACCUUCUCACAAACGCGAUCAAGUUCACCAAGAGUGAAGGUACAAGGCGCAUUACCGUUAGACAAUCGGCUUUCAAACAGCGACGACCGAUCAUGGACGACGUAAUUUGGUUUCCUACCGAAAGCGAGAAACAUGACUUGACCUUAGGUGCCGAAUGGGGAAGCGGAGAGCCCGUCAGCCUCUUAUUCUCCAUCACCGAUACUGGCAAAGGUCUGGAACAGGAUGAAAUGGUACGACUCUUCGGCAGGUUUCAACAGGCCACCAAAAAGACGCACAUCAAAUACGGUGGCUCUGGUCUUGGCCUGUUUAUUUCCAGAAAGCUCACAGAGAGCAUGGGCGGCGAAAUUGGUGUGGCCUCUCGCCCAGGGCAAGGAAGUACUUUUGCGUUCUAUAUCAAGGCCAGACAUACGAACUGUCCGGAAACCACUUCCCAGCUUUCACGCACCCCUUCGUUGGCUUAUGCAUCGCGCCGUUCUUCGGAAGUUUCGGAUCAAUUAGAUUGGAUAACACGCCAGCUAAGCAACACCUCCCUGGCACCUCGGCCGCAAAUUCUUUUGGUGGAGGACAAUAUAAUAAACGCUCAGGUGCUUAUGAAGCAACUUGAGCGUGCUGGAUGCAUUGUAUAUGUCGCCAAUCAUGGGCAGGAAGCACUCGAUUUUCUACCCAGCAGCUCAAUCUGGCACCAACCAGCAACAGACGCACCCUUGACCGAUAUUGAUUGCAUACUCAUGGAUGUUGAGAUGCCGGUUCUGGACGGAUUGUCGUGCACUCGUGAAAUACGUCAACUUCAGUCCAGAGGCCAUGUCACAGAACAUGUGAGCAUCAUAGCCAUCACUGCCAACGCAAGAGUGGAACAGAUCAACGAUGCUUUUGAGGCUGGGGUAGAUGCAGUUCUCCCAAAACCCUUCCGAGUGAUGGAUGUUUUGGCGAAGAUGGACGAGAUUCGGGCCGGGAAACAUUGGAAACGAUCAGGUUCUAAACCAAAUAUUUUGGUGGAGGGCGAUUCAAUUCCUAUUGGACGCCGGAGACCCUGAUAGCCAAUGCCUCCUUGCAGUUGAGGUCAUCAAAUGCACUCGAGAGGAACUGCUUCUGCUGCAGAAUCUCUAGCCACCGACUAUUGCCGGUGCGGAAUUGUAAGCAUGGACCAACUCGAAGCCUUCCAACAGUUGGCCACUUAAUCAUUGUUGACAUGGGCUUUCUCUAUCAUCAACACAGCAGCCAGACACUCUCCGUCGUGGAGGUUUAUCAAACCUCCAUACCCCGAAGCGCCGCAAUCAUGACACAUAUGAAGAAAGCAACGGUGUUUCAAACAUUAAAUAUAGACGAUUCUCCUCACAUUCUCACCGGCUGCCAGGUCUGGAUAGAUCGCAGUUAUGUUGGUUCUUGAGGUCACAAUGUCUUUCAUGUAUCUACCUGUGCAGAGCUUUUUGCCUAGGGGCUGAUCAGGAAGCACUGACGGUAUUUAGAUAUAAUUUAUACGUGUGAUGCAGUG